AUGGGGGAGAAAGUCGGCGUGAUUCCUCCCCCAGCUGGGGUGACGCCUGAUUUCGACUAUUCCAAUCCAUGGGAUUUUAAGGAAGAUUUGAUCAUUGUUGGCAUUGGACUGACUUUGAGCACGCUCUUCUUGGCUAUGCGAAUUUAUACUCGAGCGUGCCUGCUAUCUAAAUUUGGAUGGGAUGAUGUAUCGAUGAUAUUAGCCUGGGUAAGGAAAGCCGAUAUGACAAUGCGAUCUCAGCGACUCGAAACCCCUAACACCCUGACAGGUAUUCUCCUUGGGAACGCAAGUCACGGCUACCGCUUCGGUGGAACAGGAAUCCACAUGUGGAAUGUGACUCCAGAGAUGUUUACCGUCUUCCAAAAGGUCAUCCUCGCCGCCGCUGUUGUCUACGUCCCAGCCCUCGCAUUCGCCAAAGUUGCCCUCAUCAUUCUCUACCACCGCAUUGUGAAUAAGCAACCAAUCUACGUAUGGUGCCUUCAUAUAAUUUCGGCCGUCGUUUGCGGAUACAGUGUUGCCAUCGUCUUCGCUUUGAUCUUUGCAUGCAAUCCCAUUGAAAGAGGAUGGAACGCUGCAAUUACAACAGGCUAUUGCGUCAAUCGCAAUGGCUUGUAUAUCGCAACCGCGGUCACAAACAUUGUCACCGAUAUCGCUCUCUUGGUGCUUCCUUUCCCUCUUGUACUCGGCCUGCAGAUGCCGCGUAUCCAAAAAAUUGGACUGCUUCUGAUGUUUAUUGUUGGUUGCGCCACACUCAUUACAAGUAUUCUACGACUCACGACCUUAAUCGCUUAUCUCAAGACAACCGAUUUAACAUACCAGCUAGCUCCAUCCCAGCUCUGGAUCUACGUCGAGGCCAACCUCAUCAUCAUCUGCCCCUGCCUACCUUUCCUCCGCCAAUUUAUGCGCCGCUACUCACCCGCCUGGAUCGGCGAAAGUGGUCGACGCUAUUUCCGCGAGUACAGUUCCGGCACCACGGGCCUCUCACGCAGCCGUCGCAAGCAGGGACUCAGCCGUCUACAUGAUGAUAUCGCUUUGGCGGAAAAUGCCGGAAGCACACACAGCCAAUCACAUAUUGUCAAAGAAGUUCAAUGGCAAGUGACGGAAGAGCGAAUGGAAGCGGGAUCUUCACGUAGUGACGCACAAUUUCGUCGGGAAUAA